GGACAUCAUCAUCCAUCUCCCAGGGAGGAGGCAACUGUUCGUUCCCGUUUCGUGCGUCGGUCUCCGCCCUUUUAUACACCUUCCCUACUCUUCGCCUACUCCCACUGUCCGUACACAACACUCUCUCUCUCUCUCUCUCUCUCUCUCUCUCUCAGAUGGAGGCAGUCUAGGGUUUUUGAGCUAAGAGCUCUCUUCCGAACCAUAGAAAUGGCCUCUGCAAAACCCUAGCCAAGCCAAUAAUCCCCAUUUCUGUGCCAUUAUUUUAAUUUUCAAAUCUACAAUAAAUUUCUUCGACGGCGAUAUGGGAGGUGCUAAUAACAACUGCGACGAGGCAUCAAUGGCCGGCGGCGGCGGCGGCGGAGCCCAGCAGGCGGGUUUGGCUCCGGCGCCAGCACCGUUACUGAACUCGAACGCGCCGCCGCCGUUUCUGAGCAAGACGUACGACAUGGUGGACGACCCGGCGACCGACCAGGUUGUGUCGUGGAGCCCCACCAACAACAGCUUCGUGGUUUGGAACCCGCCGGAGUUUGCUAGGGACCUUCUGCCCAAGUACUUCAAGCACAAUAACUUCUCCAGCUUUGUGAGGCAGUUGAACACCUAUGGAUUUAGGAAGGUUGACCCAGACCGCUGGGAAUUUGCAAAUGAGGGCUUUUUGAGGGGUCAGAAGCAUCUCCUUAAGAGUAUCAACCGGCGAAAACCUGCGCAUGGACAUGGUCAUCAACAGCCACAGCCAUCACAAGGACAGAAUUCAGUGGCUGCGUGUGUAGAGGUUGGGAAGUUUGGCCUUGAGGAAGAGGUUGAGAGGCUAAAAAGGGACAAGAAUGUGCUUAUGCAGGAACUUAUCAAGUUGAGGCAGCAGCAACAGUCUACUGAUAACCAGCUGCAAGCAAUGGUGCAACGUCUUCAGGGUAUGGAACAGCGGCAGCAACAGAUGAUGUCAUUCCUUGCAAAGGCUGUGCAGAGCCCAAGUUUCUUGACUCAGUUUGUACAGCAGCAGAAUGAGAGCAAUAGGCGCAUAAUUGAAGUCAACAAAAAACGGAGACUCAAGCAGGAUGAGGGCGGGGACUCUGGUACUCCUGAUGGACAGAUUGUGAAGUAUCAGCCUCCAGUGAAUGAAGCAGCAAAGGCAAUGCUCAGGCAGAUUAUGACAACAGAUACUUCUUCUUCCCGGCUGGAAUCCUUUAAUGACAGCCCUGAUAACAUCCCAAUUGGCAAUGGCUCAUCAUCAUCAUCCAGUUUAAUAGACAGUAGGAGCUCUUCAAGCCGUGCGUCAGGAGUGACCCUUCAAGAGGUCCCACUGACUUCAGGGCUUGGUUCGUCAUCUGCAAUUUCUGAAGGACAAUCUUCUCUACAGGCUGCAAACUCUGGAACAGUUAUGAGAUCUCCAUUCUCAGAUAUAAAUGCCCUCGUCAGAGCACAAGAGGCACAAUCAAUCCCUAUCUCUCAGGCAGAUGUAAUCAUCCCCGAGCUUUCUCAAAUACCGGAAAUGGUACCCGAAAGUUUAGUUGAUAUUCCUGAAGAAAACAUGGCACCUGAUGCGGGUGUUGGAUUUAUUGAAAACAUGGCAUCUGACGCAGGUGAUGGAUUUAUCGGCGACAUAUUGGGAUUGGAUGGGUCAGUGACCAUAGACAUUGAUAGUAUUCCUCCUGAUCCUGACAUAGAAGCAUUGCUAAAGAAUUGGGAUCAAUUUUUACAAAGUCCAGAGCCAGAUGAAAUGGAUUCUACUUCUGCAGGAGUGCCCAUGGGAAAUGAAGAGCAGCCGUCAACAGAGAAUGGAUGGGACAAAACCCAGCAUAAUAUGGAUAACCUUACUGAAAAAAUGGGACGUCUUACUUCAGAUACCAAAGGGGUUUGAUCUUGUUUACCUAAUGUACAUUAGUCUCACACUUGAAGCUAAACCCCGAACCCCGAAUGCUGGUGAUGGGUGACGGAGGCAUACUACUAAUGAUCAUUUUGAUCUCAUGGCCCCUUAGAAAAGCAGAGCAGCUAUACCUUUUGUAUCAGUUUAAAUUGGCUUCAUUUUGCACAUAUGGAAGGGGACCAGAGGUUUAGUUUUAAUUUUAGUUUCUAUCUCCCCUUUGGUUUUGAUUUUUCUCUGCUUGUCAGUGUUGAAUGAACUCCAAAAAGGACAAAGAUGGUUUCUUAAAAGCUU